UCGGAAAGAGGAAGUAGCGGCGCACCAGUGCCAAAGGUGAUUGUGGUGACCACGGUGACCUAAGGGAAGGAAGGCGGCGGCGUCCGUCCUGCCCUCGGGGCUCCAGGGGCUGCUGGAGGCGAGGCGGCCGCUCGGAGCAGCGUGGCUGAGGUGUCAGCUGGGGAAUUUGGGGAGUUGACCCUGAUUCCAGCCAUGGGCCUGUGGACAUCGACUCUGGCUAUUCCGGCGGAGACAAAGCAUGAAAGUACAAAGAAAGGUUGUCCCAUCAGUGUGGGACCAUCUAACCUAAACCAGGAGAAGAAGACAGACUCUGUGCCCGCUCACCAAGAACGCGCAUAUGAAUAUGUGGAAUGUCCCGUUACAGGUGCUAAGUUCAAGAACAAGGAGAACCUAGACCCUUCCAACCUGAUGCCACCGCCUAACCAAACACCGGCCCCAGAUCAACCAUUUGCGUUAUCUACUGUUCGAGAGGAGUCAUCCAUUCCGAGAGCAGAUUCAGAGAGAAAGUGGGUUUAUCCUUCCGAACAGAUGUUUUGGAAUGCAAUGUUAAGGAAAGGUUGGAAGUGGAAGAAAGAGGAUAUCAGUCAGCAAGAUAUGUCUAAUAUUAUUAAAAUUCAUAAUCAGAAUAAUGAGCAGGCUUGGAAGGAGAUCUUGAAGUGGGAAGCCCUUCAUGCAGCAGAAUGUCCAUGUGGUCCCUCACUAAUACGGUUUGGAGGGAAGGCCAGAGAGUAUUCGCCGAGGGCAAGAAUUCGUUCCUGGAUGGGGCAUGAGUUGCCUUUCGACAGGCAUGACUGGAUCGUCAGCCGCUGUGGGACGGAAGUGAGGUAUGUGAUUGACUACUACGAUGGUGGCGCAGUCAGCCAAGAUUACCAGCUCACCGUCCUGGAUGUGCGGCCCGCGCUUGAUUCGUUCUCUGCAGCAUGGGACAGAAUGAAGGUGGCGUGGUGGCGCUGGACUUCGUUGUGAAAACAAUCGAUCUGAAGGAAAUGUGGUUCACUGGUCAGCAAUACCAGGACUCAGAGGGUUUCUCCACUUGGCUCAAGCUCUUAAAGAAGGUAGCUGCUUACUCUUCUGUUGGAUUCAGAAUUUAUUCCUCUGUAAGAACUUGCUCAGAAAUAUAAUGUGCAGUUCUUGGCAAAUGCAGGAUACCUGGGUCUGGAUCAGAAUACAGACAGAUGACAGACAAGAAAAAGCACCUGCUGUGUUUCUGCACUGACCUCUCACAGCCGGAAGGGCCAGUGUGCUAGCAAGAACAGACCCUUUCCUUCCCACUGGGAACUCUGCCUUGAACUUUCACUUGUUUGGGACAGAACUCAUACGUAGUUCUUUAAGAGGGGAUUGAUACUCCCUUCCUUUUCCUAAUAUUAAAGGCUAUUGAAGAUUGUUAGAGAAUGACAGAUUUUAGAG